AUGUCGAUGCGUUCUUUUGCUGUGAUGAAGGCGAGUGGAGUCCUUGGUGCGUGGCCUGGUGUGUGGCCUGGUGUGUGGCCUGGUGUGUGGCCUGGUGCUGGCUGGUGCUGGCUGGUGCUGGCCUGGUGCUGGCCUGGUGUUGGCCUGGUGCUGGCCUGGUGUUGGCCUGAUGUUGGCCUGAUGUUGGCCUGA